AUGAAUCGAGGAGAAAGCAAUUGGGACAGAUACCUGCAUCUGUUCCCUGACACCAUCGAUGGUAAUGGCGACGUGGCGUGUGACUCCUACCAUCUGUGGCGGAGGGACGUACAGAUGUGUGAGGAGGUGGGGCUGGACAUGUACAGAUUCUCCAUAGCCUGGUCUCGUCUACUGCCAACCGGUCUUCCUAACUACAUCAGCGAGGAUGGCAAGAACUACUACAACAACCUGAUCGAUGGUACCUUCGACUUUUAUGCCUUAAAUCACUACUCCAGCCUUCUGGUCAGGAAAGCGAAGCCAGGUGAGGCUAUUGGCAAGACACUAGUCGACGGCAUCGAAGAGUUGGGGAUAGUGUUGGAGGCAGAUCCCUCGUGGGAGAAGGGUGACAUCAAAUGGUUAACGGUGCAUCCUGAAGGUCUACGUCAGCAGCUGAACUAUUUGAAGAACACAUACAACCUUUCCGAGAUCAUGAUCACUGAAAACGGAUUUUUCAGUAGCAAUGCGUCUCUGAAUGAUGUUAGAACCGUGAACUAUACUAGGAAAUAUUUGGAACAAGUGGCACUCGCAAUCCAAGAUGGCGUCAACGUCACAGCUUAUUUCCACUGGUCUCUAAUGGAUAACUUCGAUAAAGGAUAUGAUGCCAAAUUUGGACUUUAUGCUGUUGACUUUACGGAUACAAAUCGCACGAGAACGCCACGCCUGUCUUCUAGAUAUUACUCCAAGGUCAUUAAAACUCAUUGCACAGAUCCUGAAGACUAUUGAGUUAUUAGCAAAAGUAAGAAAGAUAGAAAGAGAAAGCGAGAUGUUUAGAGGGAGUGUCAAUAAAUAAAAAAACUUUGUAUCUAUGCAGAUUCAGGGAUUGGUCCUUAAAAUUUCCGAGAUAUGCAACUAUUGGUCGAUAAUUAUAACGAUUUUAAUUAUGAAGUUCUUAGAACCUGCUUUAAAUCUGAUAUUGUAUCUGACCAGUGUGUGUUGAUGUGUACGAUUAUAUUGUAUUAUAGUACCUGGAUGACCAAGAUUUGUUCGGUGUUUUAGUACACAUUAUUUUAGAAAAAAUGUAGAAAGAAAUAGAACUUAAAAUGUAAAAAAAAUAGAACAAAGAGGAUAAAAUAUACUCGGAAUUUUAAUUCGAUUCCAGAUUUGACAAUUUCAGUGUGGCAACGUUAUGACAAGUACUAAAUAGUGACGUUGCGAAAUUAUUCGAUAUGGAAAUGCAAUAUUUCUGGAUUGAUUCUUCUCGUUUAUAAUAAUUAUAAUUUUACUCUCG